GUGGGAGGUGUCCCUGCCAUGGCCGGGGUGGCACUGGGUGGGAUUUCAGGUCCCUUUAUCCCAACCCAUUCCAUCAUUCCACGAUCCCACAGCCCGAGCAGACCCCAAGGCUCUGGCAUUCCCUGGGGCACAGCAGCACGGGAGCAGCCCAUCAGCUGCAGCCCAUCAGCAGCCAUGAAGCAGCCCUCAGUGCUGCUGCCCUGUGGCCUCACUGCCACCUCCCUUCCCACCUGCUCCGAGUGCCCCCUGCACACACAUCCUGUGGGGUGCCCUCUCCCCUUGCUGCUUUCCCUGCUCCCAUUCCAUGGUGCCAGAGCGUGCCUGUGGGUGCCAGCACCCCUUGGGCGGUGCCCAGAGCAGCACUGGCAGCACCCAGCUCCUGCGGGGCUGAUAAGGGGCUGCAGGAGGGUGGGCAGUCCUGGCAGCCUUUUCCCUGCCCGUCCCCUCUUCCUGCCCGUGCCAGGCUGAGCUCGGCUUCGCUUGCCAUUGUGGUCCAGCCCCAGCUCUGGGGACUGGAUUGUCUGGAGAAAAGGCAAAUGUAAGCACAUCUAAUGACGAUUAUUCAUUCCUAUUCCACUCAAAAGAGUCUACAACUAGUGGAGGGGAAAGAUAUUGUCAGGCUGGAGAGCUCCCUUGUUAUUUGCUUUCUUUUAAUUGCUUUUCCUGCCAUAUUUUCAGUGCAAAAGACACUGAGCAGGAGAUGGUCCCUGGAGGAAGUGCUGACUUGCGAGAGGAGCUUGGUCAGCCCUGCAGCUCUGCUGCAGCCUGGUCAUGCCCUCACCCACCGUCCCCAGUCUGCAGGACACAGCAGCUCUUCCUCAGCCCAGCCAGACCCUCUGGGAAACAACAGGAGAGCAGUGCACUGACCCUGGCACCUUGGCAUCAAAACCCUGGGCUGAUUUUGGCAAGAAUGGUGUUACCUGGGGCUUUGUGCAGAAAACAGAAGCAGAAAUCUCCCCGGGGCACUGCUCCUGGUGAGGGGCUGCACGCCUGGCAGCUCCAGGGUGUGCCAGGGCAAUCCAAACCUCUCCCCCAGGAGAGCCUGGCCUGGCUGAAAGGGGCAUGGGGAACUGGGGCUCCCCCACCACCUGGACAUCCCUGAGCUGAGCCUGUGCAGGUUUUAGGGCCCACAGCAGAACCUGCAGCAGCAAACCCGUGUUCCAAGGCUGUUUCAGUGCUCCUCAGGAAUGUGGCUGAAGGCAGGAACGGGUGAUGCUGCUAGGUCCCUGCUCCUCCCCACAGCACUGCAGGGAGCUUAUCCUGGCACAGCUGAGGGGACAAUGUCUGGGUGGGCCUCAGGCAGCAUGGCUGAGCUCAUGGUCCUUCCAACCCAAACAUUCUGACACUCUGUCUUAGAAUAUCUCCAAUUGGAAAGGACCUACCAUGAUCAUUGAAGUUCAGCUCAGAAUUUGGACUCCAAAGUCCAACUAUAAUUCCUCCUGCUCUGAAAGGCACAAAUAAAUCAGAGGUCAAGUUGUGUUACAGGAGAAGGAUAUUGGGGUUAAUGCAGAUUUGGCAGCAGAGCCUGAGCAUCCUCUGAGCAGCUCCAGCGGAGCUCCAGGCAGUGCAAGGACACCCAAGCCCUUGGGCAGGGCAGGACCUGCAGGGUUUGCUGGUGGCAAACCCCUCUGCGUGGGCCUGCAUUUGGAGCAUUCAGCAUUUCACUGAUGCCAGGCAGAGCCCAGUGUGUAGAGAGCUGGGACAUGAGCUGACAGGAGCCAGCCCUGAGCCCCUGCCCGUGGCCAGUGGGGAUGGAGCACUGCUGGGGCUCCUGCAGCCCCUGCUCUGCAUGGCCACGCUGGAAGGGGAAGGAGCUGCCCCACAGAGAUGGGAUAGAGCUUCACAGGGGAUAGAGCUCUGGUGCUCAGGAUAACCAGAGGCACCUCUCAGAGGGGUCUGUGCCUGCUCAGGGAUGGGUGCAAUGUCCCUGCCUGUGGUGAACAGCAGCCAGGGCUCUCAGAGAGAGAUAAGCAGCUCCUGUGUCCUGGCCUGGCCUGUUAAGGGGCUCACAGGCUCUCCUCAAUGACCACACCUCAGUGCAGAGUGACCACUGCACGGGACCCCGUUGGGGACCCGCGGCCGUCCCAGCCAAUGGCCCCGCUGCAGGGGCCGGCCCGGGGCUGGCCCAGGCCAUAAAACCGGGCCCAGGCUGGGCUCGGCUCAGCCCAGCGUGCCCCUGCAGCCACCAUGGUGCACUGGUCAGCCGAGGAGAAGCAGCUCAUCAGCGGCGUGUGGGCCAAGGUCAAUGUGGAGGAAUGCGGCGCCGAGGCCCUGGCCAGGCUGCUGAUCGUCUACCCCUGGACCCAGAGGUUCUUCUCUGACUUCGGGAACCUGUCCAGCCCCACGGCCAUCGUCGGCAACCCCAAGGUGCGUGCCCACGGCAAGAAGGUGCUCACCUCCUUCGGGGAGGCCAUCAAGAACCUGGACAACCUCAAGGGCACCUACUCCAAGCUGUCCGAGCUGCACUGUGACAAGCUGCACGUGGACCCCGAGAACUUCAGGGUGAGCUGUGCUUGCAGGCCCAGCCAGGCCUGGCUGCUCUGCCCAGGGACAUUCCUGGGGCUGCUGGGGAACAAUCCCUGCGGAGAGAGGUCAUGCUCCUUGGGGACAUCCUGGUCAUCGUCCUGGCGUCCCACCUGGGCAGGGAUUUCAGCCCUGUGUGCCAGGCUGCCUGGCAGAAGCUCGUGGGUGUGGUGGCCCACGCCCUGGCCCACAAGUACCACUGAGCAGCCUGGGGAGAGCAGGAGCCCCUGACCCCGACAAACCCUCUGAUGAACCCUCUGAUGAACCCUGCAAUGAGCCCUGCCAUGAACCCUCCAAUAAACCUGUCUGUCAGCUCCC